CAAAGGGCUCCAACGGGGAUCGGGACGGAGAGGGAGAUGGGCGGGCGCGGUGGUGUCUGUGCUCGGGAGCUUUUGGCAUUGCCAAAGUGUACUCUGUAAGCCCAAAAUAAUGCACAGGUGUCUGACUUUCCCUCAUUAGACAAGCAGCGCUCCAGCACUUCUGGUUGAAAAGGCUGCAGAAGGUGGGAUACAGCAGAAGGCCAAGAGAAAUUACCGAUAACGACACUUUGUACGUGCAGAUCCGCCCGAGCUGCAGGGGACAGAGGGGCCCGGAUGCUGCGGGGUGACCCCGGGGGCCGGAGAGCAGGGGACGAGCUUCACCACCGCGCCGUGCGAUUGAAAGUGUUCGUUGUGAUUGGCUGGUUGGAUUCGAAUUAUUAACCAAUGCGAGCGUGGGAUUUAAAAUGGGCCAAUUACAAAGCCGUUCGUACGAGGCCGGACGUCAGCGGCCCCGUUACCCAAUAGAAGCGCUGAUAGCGGAGGCCAUAAAUUUGCAUAAGGCCCCUAUAAAUAGGGGAGUAAUCGCAUUAGCAGGUACUCCGGUGCUGCUGAGCCACCAGAGACUUCUCAUCAUGCCCGAGCCGGCCAAGUCCGCUCCCGCGCCCAAGAAGGGCUCCAAGAAAGCGGUGACCAAGACGCAGAAGAAGGGCGACAAGAAGCGUAAGAAGAGCCGCAAGGAGAGCUACUCCAUCUACGUGUACAAGGUGCUGAAGCAGGUGCACCCCGACACGGGCAUCUCGUCCAAGGCCAUGGGCAUCAUGAACUCCUUCGUCAACGACAUCUUCGAGCGCAUCGCCGGCGAGGCCUCGCGCCUGGCGCACUACAACAAGCGCUCCACCAUCACCUCGCGGGAGAUCCAGACGGCCGUGCGGCUCCUGCUGCCCGGCGAGCUGGCCAAGCACGCCGUCUCCGAGGGCACCAAGGCCGUCACCAAGUACACCAGCUCCAAGUAGAGCGUCUCGGACCCGUCAGUUUUUAACCCAAAAGGCUCUUUUAAGAGCCACCAAUUUUUUCAUGUGGAAGAGCUGAAUUACUGGGGUUUUUUCUUGGAAGGUAUGUGUGUAGCCUGUUUAUUUCAUAUCACUGGAAAGUUAAGUAUUUUUCUGUUCAGGUAGCUGAAAUGUAAUCACUUAAUUUUUGUGCUGCGUGCUCCUAGUUAGCAGCCCGUACUUGGUAUGUGGAGUUGGUUGUUUAAAACUUGUUUCUGGGUAUGUGGUAUUAGCUCCAGACUUGAUCUAUGUCUAAAAAGCAGCGGCAACUUUGUCUUGUUUUACUAGCUCUCUGUUUUCAGAACUCGGAAGUCCCACGGGCGUAAGGUAGGUCGUUAUUUAUUUUAUUUUCUAAGCGGUUUAAUGCCUUUUACUGGAUAGGUCCGGUAGAAAAUGCCGGCUGCUAUUCAGAACUCGCUCUCUGUGCCAUAUAUCUGCAACAUAAAAAGUUUAUUUCUGCCUCUUUCAGUAACUAAUAAAUACUCUGAAAGCAGUUUCUGAAGUGAGCCUUCUAGUUGUGCUUGUAGCUUGCUUUCUGGUUGGGGUGGGCUUUUUUUUUCCUCGAUAACGUUUCAGUACCCCCCCACCCCUCCUCCAAUACCACCACUUUCUUCAGUGAAAUAAUGUCCCUACUCGAUUGAAAAUAGUGAUUUUUUUCUUUACAGAAAAGUUUUCUGGUUUAAAACACCAACAACAAACUUGCGUAGGAGUUGGUUCUCUUUUUAAAAAAAAAAUAAAAUUAUA